GUAUUAUCAACCUAGCGGCUGCGGGGUAGGGAGAAUCGGUGGGAGUUAGCUAGGUGUGUAAUGGCGGCUUCGGUGUUGUUGUCUGCGGAGAACACUGGACCGACUUUUGCGGUCGGCAAUUCUGGAGUGGUAGGGGCUCCCGGUAUUGGAGUAGGGGCACCGGGUCCCGCGUCUUGGAAUCGGUCUCUGGACAGGGCAUUAGACGAAGCCUCGGCAACUGGUUGUCUCAACCUCAGCGGCAGGAAACUGAAGGAGUUCCCGAGGAGCGUCGCCAACCACGACCUCACAGACACAACUCGGGCCGAUCUGUCCCGAAACCGUCUGCCAGAACUGCCCGUGGAGGUGUGUAUGUUUGUCUCUCUGGAACACCUUAACCUCUACCAGAACUGCCUGCGCUCGCUGCCUGAGAGUCUUCUCAAUCUCCAGGCCCUCACCUACCUGAACAUAAGUCGAAACCAGUUGUCGACCCUGCCCAGCCCGGUGUGCAGUCUGCCGUUGAAAGUCCUGAUCGCCUGUAACAACAAGCUGGUCUCCCUUCCCGAAGAGCUGGGCCAACUACUACAGCUCACAGAACUGGACGUGAGUUGUAAUGAGAUCCAGACACUCCCUCCUCAGGUUGGUCGACUGGACUCGCUGCGAGACCUUAACAUCCGCCGCAACCACCUGGCCCACUUACCCCCAGAGCUGUCUGAGUUGCCCCUGGUGCGUCUGGACUUCUCUUGUAACAAGGUGACAUCCAUCCCUGUGUGUUACCGCAACCUGCGCCACCUACAGAGCAUCGUGCUGGACAACAACCCACUACAGAACCCACCUGCACAGAUUUGUAUAAAGGGGAUGAUCCAUAUAUUUAAGUAUCUGAACAAUGAGGCCAGCAAGACUACACCUGAGCUCCCAGACUACGACAGGAGACCCCUCCCCUUCGGAUCCUGUGUGGAGGAGCUGUACCCUGGCCGGCCAUACGGUGCACUGGACUCUGGCUUCAACAGCGUGGACAGUGGAGACAAGAGAUGGUCAGGCAACGAGCCCACGGAUGAGUUGUCGGACCUGCCGCUGCGUGUGGCAGAGAUCACCAAAGAACAGAGACAGCGGAGGGAGAGGGAGGAGCACAGGACGUCUGGCUCCCAUUCUGUGACCAACGGCACAUGUGAGAAUCAAGUAGAGGGAGAGCUGGAGCAGAUAGACUUUAUAGACAGUUGUACAGGAGAGGAGGAAGAGCAGGGUAGGAGAGGAGAAGUAGCAGAAACCAUCAGCCUCAGCUCCCAGUUCAUGGCAUACAUUGAGCGCCGCAUCACUGGAGAGAGCUCUCCAGUCAAGUCCAACUCCUCCAGAGACUCAAGGACAGACGACCCGAGGCGACACAAUUCUCUGCAGAACAGGACUGUCCAUGAUCCAACCUCUUCUGCCUCUCAUAAUCAGAGAGGGUCAGGGGCUGGGGUUGGUGCGGGUCCGAGCGGGGCGCCGGGUGGGGGCGUGGAGCGUGUGCGGAGGAUGGCCCAGUUGGCCGCCCUGCGGUACGAGGAGGAGAGACAGAAGUCACGCACAGUGCAGCGGGACGCCGUCAUGACCUACGUCAAGCACAAAGUGUCUCAAAGUCCUACCAAGCUGAGUCCCACAGAGAACGAGAACGCGUACCCCUCCAGGCGUUCCACCCACACGGACGACUCAGCCCUCUUCAUGAGCGAGUACCAGCCUCGCAUGGUGUUUGAGGUAGACACUGACACCAACACCAUAAAGAGGAAGCCUGGCACUCACAAGCAGUCUCUUACUGUGUCUGGGAUGUCCAUAGAUGGGUGUCUCUCCUAUCCUGCCGAUAUUUUCCCCACGUGUCUACUGCAGCAGGGCGAGGAUCGCUCCUCCUCCCUGUCUCCCACAGCCCUCCAAUCACCUUCAUACCCCGGCCCUGUUAGUCCGCCCUCCUACUGGGGACCCGCACAGAGGCCAGACAGCAUCUUGUUUCGCCUCAGCCAGAAGGAAGAGCAGAGGAGAGGUGAUGGUGCCGCCCCCAGGCCGGAGCCUGAAGAGGUGACCCCUACCCAGCCUCAAGGCCCCAUGGGAGAGGAGGCUGCUCUGGUGGAGCAACUGCGGAAGAACAUCGAAUCGCGUCUGAAAGUGUCCUUGCCAAGCGACCUAGGAGCAGCACUGACCGACGGGGUCGUGCUCUGCCAUCUAGCCAAUCACGUGCGGCCACGAUCCGUACCCAGCAUCCAUGUGCCCUCCCCUGCUGUGCCCAAACUGACAAUGGCCAAAUGUCGGCGGAAUGUGGAGAACUUUCUGGAGGCGUGUCGCAGGAUCGGGGUUCCACAGGAGAGGCUGUGCACAGUGGAGGAGGUUCUGGAUAGCCGGGGAGGCUGUGUUUACGGGACGCUGGGGGUCCUGCUCUCCAUGGCUCCUCCCCCCCUCCUAAUGCCUUCUCCCCCAGCCCAGCUGGCAGGCUUCGCCCUCUUCUAUCUGUCCAUCAUGUCUGUACUGUGUGCCCUGUACUGCCACCUGGUGCCCCACCUCUGAACUGUCUGGGCAACACAAUCCCUUCCUCGUCCCACAACAAACUGACUCUCUACCACUUGUGCACGCGCACACACACACACACACACACACACACACACACUAUCUCAAACACACACACACACACACCACUCGCACUCCUCCGUGCUUCUCAUUUCAUAUUGCGGUGUUUUCCAUCAAUGCAGCAGUAUCUAUUCAGACACAGCAGUCAGCAGAACUCAACAAGGGAAAAACACAAGAAUGAGUGGACCACUCCCUCUCUGUCCCACUCUGCCUUAACAAAAAGGAGCGCUCGCAACUGCGUGGUUUGCCAUCCACUGAAAAGGGCACAACUCCAUAUGCCAAAUACCAUAUAGUAGGUUUUAUCUUUUGUUGUUCCAGUUGUUUGUUGGGAAAGGUUACUUGCGUCUCAAGGAGUGGCGAGGUGGACCUUCAAUGCUCUCUCGUUACCCUUCUGUCAUGUACUGGCACUGCCCCCAUUGAGAGAGACAGCAAGACCCUGGAGGUUGCUGUGUUGUCACUGAACUGUCCGCUACUCUACCUACCUACUGAACCUCCUUCUGUGCCUUAAGUUUGUCCGCCUGCCGGUGUGUGUGUUUUAGAUGGAACCUUCCCACCCGAAGCCACUUCCAUUGCACUAAUAACAUCAAUCAAGUCGGAGUGCUUGUCAUAUGUAGCCUACGUGCUGCUUCCUCCCUCCUCCUGCCCCUGAGAAAAACCAACCACGAGUAAUCUGACUAAUCAAUGCCGAGCGCUUCUCUUCUCUCCUGACUCUAGCACAGUUUAGCCUAAGCUGCAAAGUCAGUCUGAAGUUUUUGCCUAAUCAAAAAGAGAGCAGGUCGGCGAGGGACAUUUGUUAGCCUUUGAGUCUUUUCUGACGCACAAUCAAGUAUCCUACAGGAACCUUUUUUUUCCCUUGACUGUCUGUGAUCCAGCCCCCCUUAGUCAUAAUGCUCAUUUUGUGGCACUGGGGAGAUGUUUCCCCUAGAUACAGAUUUAUGAUCAGCUACACCUCCCAAAUCCUAACCUUAUGAAGAGGAACUGAAACGCUCAAAUCAACCUACAUUUUACAAGGUAUGUAACCUUGUUGAAGGUGAUGUUCUGAAAAUACUUUUUAAACAUAAUAUGAUACAUUCUUAGAGUGCCAAGCACAAGUUUAUUUUAUUUAUUUUACCUUUGUUUAACUAGGCAAGCAGAUGUUUACCGUGUCAGCUCGGGGAUUCGAUCUUGCAACCUUUCGGUUACUGGCCCAACACUCUAACCACUAGGCUACCUGCUGCCCCAUAGAGAGGUGUGGCCACAGCCAUAUUGAAAUAACCUCAUGGGAAUGGUAGGGUGGCCGCGCGCCUACUGUACUCAUGGCUUUUUGAUCAAGACUGAUUAAGAAGUGAAGAAACUAAAAGCUAGAACUACCAAUUUGAGAGGGAACAACAAUAAAAUAUCAUGUUAACAAGCCUGUAUUGUCCUGUCAAAAAUCCACUUGCAUAAGUUUUUGAGCUCAUUCAGAUGUAUGCUACAUUAGUGAUUUUUGCAGGGGCAUCGGAUCUACUGUUACCCGACAUUAGUAAGGUAGUUAAAUGCAUGAUUUCCACAAUAACAAAGCAGUUAGCUUUGAAUAAGCUUGUAUAGUCCAGUCAAAAACCCAUUUGCAUAAGUUUUUGAGCUCAUUUAGCGAGCAAGGUCUAGCUGUGUUAAACAUUACAGGAAUUUUGACAUGGGCAUCGGAUCAUACUGUGUUAGCCAGCAAGCUAGCUAACAGCAAAAAGUUUAGCUUAAUGCAUGGUAGUACCCACAAUAAUAGUCACUUUUGCAGGCAGAUGGUGUACACUAUGUACAAACAGUAUUCAAUAUGGUUUACAGUGAGGGACUUAAGAUGUGCCAAACCUAAGAUGUGCCAAACCUAAGAGGCUAGCUGGGCUAGAAAAACAAGUAUUCAGAUAAUGCAAGCUAACGUUAGCUACAGACAUGUAGGUUGUUAGAUGUCCACUCCUAUUAAAUCAAUUGCAACUAGUUGUGAGAUUUACCAAAUGAUCCUGCCAGUAUCCAUAGUGAAAUUAAUAAUUCAUAGUAAAAUUCUGGGCUGUAGCAAGCUGUUCUGUUAACAUCACGAGCUACUGUAGCUAACUGACAAAAUAUCCGUCAAUGAUAGCUGAGCUUGCCAUGGUUUUGGACUUGCUAGCUAUGAUAGCCCACCUUGCACAGUAUAUUUGUUUUUUAUUUAUUUAACUUUUAUUUAACUUGGCAAGUCAAUUACGAACAAACUCUUAUUUACAAUGACUGCCUACCAAGAGGCAAAAGGCCAAAUGGGAGAAUGGGGGAUAACAUUUUUUGGACAAAAACACUACAUAAAGAGAGACCUAAGACAACUACACAACAUGGCAGCAACACAUGACAAUACAACAUAUUAGCAACACAUCAUGACAACAUUCACCACAAUGGUAGCAACACCACAAUGGUAGACAGCAAUACAUCACGCAAAGCAACCACAAGUGUCAGUGGUUGAGUCUUUGAAUGUAGAUAACUGUCUAGUUUGAGUGUGUUUUGCAGCUCGUUCCAGUCGCUAGCUGCAGUAAACUGAAAAGAGGAGCGACCCAGGGAUUUGUGUGCUUUGGGGACCAGAAUGUGACUGGCAGAACGGGUGUUGUAUGUGGAGGAUGAGGGCUGCAGUAGAUAUCUCAGAGGGUGGGGAGUGAGGCCUAAGAGGGUUUUAUAAAUAAGCAUCAGGCAGUGUGUCUUGCACUGGGUAUACAGAGAUGUCCAGUUUACAGAGGAGUAUAGAAUGCAGUGAUGUGUCCUAUAAGAAGCAUUGGUGGCAAAUCUGAUGGCCGAAUGGUAAAGAACGUGUAGCCGCUCGAGAGCACCCUUACCUGCCGAUCUAUACAUUUCGUCUCCAUAAUCUAGCAUGGGUGGGUUGGUAAUCUGAUUCAGGGUUUGGCAGCUGGGGUGAAAGAGGAGCAAUUACAAUAGAGAAAACCAAUCCUGCAGCUUGGAUAUGAAAACAUUCUCAAUAAAGCAACUAACAUGCAUUGUAAUCUGGGCUGCCUGUCAGAUGAACCAUUCAAGUGAUGUCAUUUAUGGCGGCACGCAUUAGUCAAUGACGCAAUUUUCUAAUGUUUUUUUCAGCUACUUUAAGGGUAGGAACUUGCUUCUUUAUCACAUUAGACUUAAUAAAAUGUUUCAGUUCGUCUUUAACCAUUAGUAGGGAAAACUGACCCACGAUCAGUGUCUAGGUGCAACUUCACUCUACUCCCUUUUAGCACUUGCCUGAUCCCAGGUCUGUUUGUGUGUUAAAACAAAUCUGCGACCAGUCUAGGUAGGCACAAGCUGUGGUAACAAUCAGCCCCAGGAUAUGACUGGACUGCCUUCAGAAAGUAUUCACACCCUGUGACUUUUUACAAAUGUUGUUGUCUUACAAAGUGGGAUUAAAAUGGAUUUGUCAUUUUUUGUCUACGAUCUACAGAAAAUACUCUAAUACAAAUACAAAGUGGGGGGGAAAUUAUGAAAAAUAAAACCCUAAUCUUGAUUAGGUAAGUGUUAGAAUCCCAUUUGGCAGCGAUUACAGCUGUGAGCUCUGUGAAAUUGGUUGUUGAUCAUUCGUGAACAUCCAUUUUCAGGUUUUGCCAUAGAUUUUCAAGAAGAUUUGUCAGAACUACAAUUAUGCCACUCAGGAACAUUCACUUUCUUCCUUGUAAGCAACUCCAGUGUAGAUUUGGCCUUGUGUUUUAGGUUAUUGUCCUGCUGAAAGGUGAAUUUGUCUCCCAAGUUUUCGCCUCUGCUUAGCUCCAUUACAUUUAUUUUUUAUCCAGAAAACUCCCAAGUCCUUAAUUAUUACAAGCAUACCCAUAACAUGAUGCAGCCACCACUAUGCUUGAAAAUAUGGAGAGUGGCACAGAGUAAUGAAUGCAUUACAGAGUAAUGUAUUCAGGACAAAUUGUGUAUUGAUUUGUCAAUUUUUUAUGCAGUAUUACUUUAGUGCCUUGUUGCAAACAGGAUACAUGUGUAGCGUGGUUCGUUCUGCGUUGUGUACUUUUACUUAGGACACUGCCACAACUGGAAUUCUGAUGGUUGGAUAAUUUUGAUUCGACCUGCACACGAAGAGACAACACACAAUAUUGUAAUGACCCGGCUGGGUCAUAAAGGAAAAAGAGACGGACUCUAGGUGUGCAGGUCAGAACACAGGUUUAUUCCUAAACUGGGCUAUUGUUCAGGCCACAGCCCACGCCGCUAAAUGCCGAAUGUGCACAAUUAUACCAAGUCUAAUUAAUGUUUACUCCCAUAGGAACAGAUCAAGGCCCCGAACAGAAAGAGAGAGAAGAUGAGACAGUAAUCCCUAUUUAUCAUUUCCAAGUCCCGCAGGAUUACCCAUCAUACCCCCCCAACCUUUCCCUCUGUCCUGACAUAUUUAACCCCUGCUAGUAGCCAUGAGAACCAUAACACACCCACAAACACAGAACACAAUACCGGGUCGUUACAUAGCCCCCCCCCCUUCUAAACCCUAGCCCCUAGGGUUACACAACAAAAUCCUUAAAACGACCCAGAGGUCGCAUCAGUCUCUUGGGCCUCCCCGUGGCUCUCACCGGUGAACCCCCAGAACACUCAUCUGCCCCAAUGUCAUUUCCAGCGCCCUCCGAAGAAGCAGCCCCCAUCCCAGGCUCAGGUUGCGCUAGAGUCUCCUCGUUAGACUGUUCCCGUGGGCUCACAUCAGAGACCUCACUCCCAUUUCCUACCGUUUUCCUCCCUCUGUAGGGUGCCAUUCGGUCCCGGUGGACCACCACCUUCCUGCUCCGUGGGGGGACCUCCACCCGGUACGUCACCUCCCCCACUCUCUCUAUCACCAGACACGGCCCCACCCAUGCACUGUCCAGCUUUGGGCACCGCCCCUUCUUGCGCAUGGGGUUGUGAAGCCACACACAUUCUCCCGCUCCAAAGUGCCUCCCCCUAGCGCGCGAGUCGUAGUGGUGCUUUUGGCGCACCCCUGCGUUCUCGAGUUGCUCUCUUGCGAAGGUGUGAGCCGCUUCUAACCGUUUCUGCAGACGACACACAUAGUUCGGGCCAGGCAAAACCCCGUCGUCAUUAUCAGGAGGGUGGCCAAACGUCAGUUCGGCUGGGGUGCGCAACUCACGACCUAACAUUAGUAGCGCUGGGGAGCACGCAGUCGAUUCUUGAACAGCCGACCUACAUGCCAUAAGAAUAAACGGUAAGUGGGUGUCCCAAUCUCUCUGGUGUUUUGAGGUAACGAUGGCCAGCUGCUGUGCUAACCUUCUGUUAAAUCUUUCCACCACCACUCUGGGGGUGAAGCGGAGUAGUGCGCGUCUUCUCCGCGCCUAACCGUCUACACAACUCUGAGAACACCCGUGACUCGAAGUUUCUCCCCUGGUCGCUGUGGAUAGACUGUGGCACCCCAAACCGACUGAUUAUUCCCCCCACCAACGCAUCAGCUACUGUCUCUGCCUCCUGGUCUGGGAGAGCGUAAGCCUCCGGCCACUUGAAGUAGUCCAUAGCGGUUAGAAUCCACCUGUUACCUCUGUCUGUGUUUGGAAAUGGCCCCACUAUGUCUACCCCCAGUCUCUCCAUGGGCUCCCCUACUGGGAAUUGUUGUAGGAGGGCGUGUGACUGACCUGGAGGUCCUUUUUUAGCAGCACACUCGUCGCACUGCCUACAAAAGUCCUCAACAUCCCUCCUGUGCCUGGCCCAAUAGAAGCCUUUACGCAUGCGCUUUAACGUUUUGGAGACCCCAAAAUGCCCUGCGCCAACUUCCCCAUUAAGCUGCUGUAACACGCUCCCCUGCAGCCUUUUGGGCACCACUACCUGCCACGUAAUUUCUCCAGUCGCUGGCUUUUUCCACCCCCUCUGGAGCACUCCCUCAGCCACUCUAAGGACUGUGAAUUUAGCCCACAGUCCCUUGGUGACUGGUGAUAGAGGGGCUACUUCCCCCCACGGCGGUCGUCUUCUCUCUUCCACCCACCGCAGCACAGGACGCAGCUCUGCGUCCUCCUCCUGGAGACGCCUCCACUCCCCAACGUCCACAGCCUCAAGCUCCCGGCACUCUGUCACACUCAGCUGACUCACCGUGGUGGUGACUCCCUCCUCCCUGCACAGUUCUCUCUCUCGCUCCACCCGUUUGGCGCAGUACCCACAGCCAUCCUCAGCACACGGGCGGCGGGACAAGGCGUCUGCAUUGCUGUGGCGAAGGCCGGCUCUGUGCUCCACCUGGAAGUCGUAGGGUUGCAGCUCCUCCAGCCAGCGGGCAAUCUGACCCUCUGGCUCCUUGAAGGAGAGAAGCCACUGCAGGGCGGAGUGAUCCGUCCGGACCACAAACGGCAGGCCCCCCAGGUAGUACUUGAAAUGGCGUACUGCUGCCACGACAGCCAAAAGCUCUCUCCUUGUCACGCAGUAGCGUUUUUCAGCCUUAUCAAAAGUCCUGCUGUAAUAAGCUACUACGUGUUCCCCAUCCGGACCACGCUGAGCCAGCACAGCCCCCAAACCCUCAUUGCUUGCGUCGGUGUCCAGGAUGAACGGACGGUUCGGGUCUGGUGAGGCCAGGACAGGGGCCACCAUCAGGGCACGUUUGAGAGCCUCAAACGCCCGCUGGUGCUCUUCAGUCCACUGAAAAACAGUGUCCUCCUUGAGAAGGUGGUUCAACGGAGCCGCUACCCCCGCAAACCCCUUCACAAACCUACGAUAGUAGGAUGCCAGCCCCAGGAAGCUCUUAACCUCUUUUUUUUCCCCCUGGAACUGGCCACCCCCUCACAGCCUCUACUUUGUCUGGCAUCGUGCUGAUGCCCUCACCACCCAGCUGAUGUCCCAGGAACGCCACCUCCCUUUGCAUGAAAUGGCACUUUCCCGGAUGUAAUUUUAGCCCCGCCCCCGAGAUCCUCUCCAACACUCGCCUAAGUGCCCCCAGUGCCCCCUCGAACGAUGUGCCGUGCACCAAUAUGUCGUCUAGGUACACAACACACUCGUCUCUCGGAACCCCCGCCAGCACUCUGUCCAUGAGCCUCUCAAAGGUGGCAGGAGCAUUACAGAGCCCGAAGCACAGCACCUUGAACUGCCAAUGGCCCCUAUCUGUGGAGAAGGCCGUUUUUUCACGUGCCCCUGGCGAGAGGGGCACCUGCCUGUAGCCACUGCGCAGAUCAAGGGAGGAGAACCACGAGGACCCUCUCACGUGGUCUAGCGACUCAUCAAUCCUCGGUAGGGGAUAAGAGUCUUUAGUGGUGACAGAAUUUAGGCCCCUGUAGUCAACACAAAACCUAAGUUUACCCCCUUUCUUAGGCACCAUGACGACCGGCGCGGACCAUGGGCUAUCUGAUGGCUCAAUGAAAUCAGCCCGCAACAUGUCAACAAUAGCUGUGUCUGCUGCUUCCCUCCUGGCAAGGGGAAUACGACGGGGCCGAAUUUUAAUGGGUCGGGCGUCCCCAGUGUCUAUUUCGUGCUGAACUAGGUGCGUUUGUCCUACCUCAUCUUCCCCCCAAGCGAAGCUAUCUUUAAAGUCCAACAGCAGCUGCUUUAACUGUCUCUGUUGUCUCUCAUCCAAACCCUGACAGUUCUUCAGCCACACAGCCUCGACGCGUCGAUAGCUUCCUCCUUCCCCCCGUCGGGCUGAUGGGGUGAAGGAGCCAGUGUGUUUUGGGCUACUGAGCUGCCUGUGCUUGCACCAUGAUGGGGAGUGAAGGCCGUCGCCGCCGGAGACAGCUGCUGGAAUGGCACAACGACCAAGGGAGCAGCCGGGAUGACCGGUGGAGUUUCUGCCAGCUUGGAGGAAGACGGAGGGACAGCCCUGCCCCCUGCUGGCUCUCCCGAAGGCGACAUUCCCACUGUGGGCCCCCCCCCAACAGCCUCAAAGUGCCCGACGCUAAGUCCAACUGAGCCCCACAGUUUUUCAAAAGUCCAUUCCCAGUAUACAGGGGUCCUGCACCGCUGCUACCCACGCCAGACACCCCACAGUUCUCCCCCCCACAGUCACAGAUAGCUGACACUUCCCUAACAUGGGGGCUAGCUCCCCCGUGACAGUCCGUAGCUGGACAAGGGUCGGCUCCACCCGCACCCCAACAGGUAGUAUGUCUGGUCUCACCAGGGUUACUGUAGAGCCCGUGUCGACCAGGGCGAUACAUUCCACCCCUCUACCUUGACGAUGACAUUGCAGAAGUCCCCAACGGUGGUACGUCCCACCACAACUACCGGACUAGGAAACACGGCGGCAGCUACACCCUGGGGGAGCAGGUCCCCACCCUCUUGUCUGCGCUGCUGGGUACCUCUUUUGCUUACAGUGGGUUUGGGGGCGGGGGGGUGGGUCCGCGCUGCCCCCUGCGCGAGAACCCGCCGUCGUUUCCUUGGUGACGGGGGAGUCUGCCACACUCCCGCUGAAUGUGGCCAGGCUGGCCACAACCCCAGCAGACAAUAGGAGUUGAGCUGACACUGCGACGCUGCCUGGAGCCCCUCUCCAUGACAAGCGAAGCAGUCUUGACUAGCCCGCCCAACUCAUCGACCCACUCUGGUUUCGUGACCCCUGGCACCCCAGCCACCACUGCUCUCACCUCUGGUUGACUGGCGACUUCCACUCUCACUCCCUCACCCCAGAUCAGCUCCCUCUUCCUGGCUAUCUCCACUGCAGCCCGCAGAGAUGGUGGGUCCGCCAUCUGAACAUGCUUACCCAGUUCGGUGGAAGAGAGCGCUCUAAUAAAACUGUCCCGUGCCAGCUCGUCUUGCACCCCAAUCGGCAUAGUUGCAUAAGCCCGCCUGGUCAGGCUCAGAAUACCACUUGCCAACGCCUUUAAUGAUUCCCCCUGAAGUCUCUUUUUGUUACUCAGUUAAAUCCGCAGCAUGUUGGGCUGCGCGUCGCUGCCGAAACGGCCCCCCAAUGCCUCCACUAGCGCACCGUAGUCGCCCCUCUCGUCCGGGGCUAGCGUUAACAGGCAUUCCGACGCCUCCUCUGUCAGGCUCAGGGCAAGCUGUAACGCUUUCGUCUCGUCAGACCACCUCCCGGCUCUAGCCAACAACUCGAAUUGAGUGGAAAAAACUUCCCAUUUACCUUGUCCAUUGAACUUUGGUAGUUUAGCCGCUACCGUGGCUAAUGGCAAUAGGCCGCUGCCAUCUCUGUUUACAUAAGCAGGCCCCGCCAUUUCCGCACCUGGUGACGUCGAUAUCCCCGUCGCCGUGACGUCUGCUCUCGAGCGGUGUGAAGGAAAACCCGCCAGUUCUGCCAUCUUGCUGACUGACAAUUUAACUCCCGCCAUGUGGCCCUCCAGCUCUUCUACGGCAGUCGCCGCCCGACCCUCCCGAACGGGUACCCCCGAGCCCACAACGGACACAUUGUCCGACUCUUCCUUAAUUUUCCGCCUUGCCCCAAGCAUCAUGACCGUAGAUGCGAGUCACGCUAAAGCUAACCCGGCCUAUACUACACAGCUAACUCGCCUAGUCUUGAUCCCGUAGUUCGAAAGCACUUCUGACGCCAAUGUAAUGACCCGGCUGGGUCAUAAAGGAAAAAGAGACGGACUCUAGGUGUGCAGGUCAGAACACAGGUUUAUUCCUAAACUGGGCUAUUGUUCAGGCCACAGCCCAUGCCGCUAAAUGCCGAAUGUACACAAUUAUACCAAGUCUAAUUAAUGUUUACUCCCAUAGGAACAGAUCAAGGCCCCGAACAGAAAGAGAGAGAAGAUGAGACAGUAAUCCCUAUUUAUCAUUUCCAAAUCCCGCGGGAUUACCCAUCAUACCCCCCAACCUUUCCCUCUGUCCUGACAUAUUUAACCCCUGCUAGUAGCCAUGAGAACCAUAACACACCCACAAACACAGAACACAAUACCGGGUCGUUACAAUAUGUUAGCCCUUGGUGCAGUCACAGCUCUCGGGCACCUGCGUGAGCACAUAGAAACUCACUCAAACACGGUCCCAAAUACUCCCGAGUUACAAUAGGUACCCUAAUUAGCGAGCUCGGUGAAAGUUGUUAACAUAAAUCUUUAUAAUUGUCCACAUUGUAACAAAACCUAUAGUUGCGUAACAGCACUUUAUGUAACUUUACCACAGUUUUAUAUUGACAAAUUACGGCGCCAAGUACAACAUACCUUGCUAGUUGAAGGUCAGGCAAAAGAGAACAAUAAGAGGGUACGUAAGU